AUGUAUUUUAAGAUUCUGUUUUUUCAUAUAAGCCGCCGCUACCGCCCGCCCGUCGGUCGGCCACCGUUGUCCGCCUGCUCGUCGGCUCCUCCUAUUAUUACAGAAGAAUAGAUGACGAAUAUAAUGAAAAAUGUGUAAAGAACGUGAACAUCAAAUUUAUAGUGCUUUUUGUUUAGAAACAACAACUGCCAUCACACACACACCCUCUUUCCAUAUAUUUGGAGUAUCAAACAACGUUAUUUCGUAUGAAUCCUUAUAAAAUUAAAAUUGUAAUAGCAAGAGUUUCUUCAUCUCACGCGCAUUUGCACAUGCUAAAUUUCUACCGACCAAUAAGAUUCUGAGGGGCUUGACGACAAUCUCUAAGAUUUGAGGGACUCGUCCGAAUACCAAACUCUUUUCGUCAAAAAAAAUUAUUGGAUUACGUGUCAGAACCCGAUAGGCCAGCUCCCUCGACGAUGAUUCAUUCUGACGUGGCGGAGCCAAUCGCGCGCUUAAAAAGGCUCGUUCACAAAAAAAAAAAUUCUCCACCCCUCUUCGUCACCUCCGUCUCUAGAAAUCUCCACCCGCGCGAUCGACCUCCCGUUCAAAAUUAGGGUUAGUAGGGCAGGCGGUUCUCGCGUCGAUCUCGGUCGAGAUCGAAGCUCGCUUUGAGAUUCUCGAUUUCGUCGUUGACCGGAGUGAUUAGGGCUUAGGGCUUCGGUUCUGUGGGAAAUGGCGCAGGCUGUGGAGGAAUGGUACAAGCAGAUGCCCGUCAUCACGCGCUCGUACCUCACCGCCGCUGUAAUCACCAGCGUCGGUUGCUCUCUUGAGAUUAUAUCUCCGUACAACUUGUAUCUCAACGCAAAUCUCGUGGUUCAGCGGUGGGAGGUCUGGCGGCUCGUCACGAACUUCCUGUAUUUCCGGAGAAUGGACCUCGACUUCUUAUUCCACAUGUUUUUCCUUGCCCAAUAUUGCAAACUGCUUGAGGAGAACUCGUUCAGGGGACGGACUGCAGAUUUCUUUUACAUGCUCUUAUUUGGUGCUGCUGCUUUAACGGGCAUUGUUCUAAUUGGUGGAAUGAUACCCUUUGUGUCAGAGAAGUUUGCAAGCAUUGUAUUCCUCAGCAACUCAUUGACUUUCAUGCUGGUCUAUGUCUGGAGCAAGCACAAUCCUUUUCUCCAAAUGAGUUUCUUGGGCCUCUUCACUUUUACUGCAGCUUAUCUACCAUGGGUUUUGCUGGGGUUUUCUACUUUGCUUGGGACCAGUCCUUGGGUUGAUGUUCUGGGUAUGGUAGCUGGUCACUCAUAUCAUUAUCUUGAAGACGUGUACCCACGGAUGACUGGGCGACGCCCCCUGAAGACCCCAGCCUUAAUCAAGUCGCUAUUUGCAGAAGAGAAUGUUGUCGUCAUGCCACGAGCAAAUGCAAGGUCUUGACGUUGCGAACUUUGUUCUCACUGCUUGCUUGGUUAAACAAAUGGCAUGACAUUGGGAAAUUAGGGGGCAUCUUGGUGAGAGUCUGUAGUCUUGGAUAAUAGAUAUUCACACGAUCCAUCGUUGAAGUAGUUCCACUUGUAUAUUAGGCUAGAGCUGAGAUAAGCUCGUUGUGCAUAAAAAUUAACAGCGACGCUGUCUUUUAACGUUUUAACUGGGGUAUACCUCUCAAGUUUGUUCAUUUGCACAAUUACUCCUCGAAUCUCAACUGUUUGUCAUUGUGUUGCGAGAUUUUGAUUUAACAUUGAGAAAUUGAAGGUGUCACAGCGACAGCCUGUAUUGUUUUGGAUA